ACAGUGUUUCUAACUAGAGUCAUAUCUCCACACAAACCAAAUAUUUGUAAAGAGCAACAGAGACACUGGCCUCUUAGCCUUCUUGCAUUCAAAUGUUUUGCCACUGGCUUUCAGAGGAUUACUUGUUGAGGACUACUUAAAGCUGUGCGUCUUUGAAGAGGAACUUACUUGAGUUUUGUUGGGCAGCUGAGUAGGAGUUCAGUCGGGCAGCUUAGUAGGAGUUCAGCUGCUGUUGGACAGACUGGUGUGGGUGUACCUCUCAAGCCUUGUGGAGGGGCCAGGAUAAGGUGGGUAGACAGAAGUCCGGUGCAUUUAGAUCGCUUCGGGACCACAGCUUUUUUCUUUUGUGUGAUAAUAAAAAGUGAUUCCCAAAGUCUAGGCCACUAUGACAAGCUUGAUCCUCCCGGCUGAGGUGAUAACACAGGAACCACUCCUUUCCUGAAAACCGGACCUGGGCUUGAGGUAAUGUUAGAGGUUUAAACUGAGGUUCUUCUGUGGUUUGACGCGGACUGAAAAACACUUGCAGAGUGCUGACUUAUAGACGAUAAAAUAUCCACACAAGCUUUGCUAUCUGAUAUUCCAGACAGCCAGAGCAGUGUCACAAAGAAUAAAUCAGAGAGCACGUGGAUGGCAAGAGAGUUUGAAGACUACAGAGGUGUGAAUAGUAGAGUCAGUGAGAGCACUCAGAGUCCCUCCUCGGGGACAGAAACUUUCCACCUGUGAAACCCAACCACUUCGGGUUCCAAGACGCUGAAAGCUGGUGGCUGUUGUCUUCCCUCUCCCCGCCUGCUGUCGACCUCUUCUGCUGCACUCACAUGGCCACGAGUGUGGAGCUGCUAUCUAAUCAGUGCCUAAUUUAACACGGCCGCCAACAACGCUCGAGACAAAGUGCUUUGGCGACAAAAAACCUGUGACCCUGUCCGACUCUCUGUCAAUGAGGAGGUAAAAAAAAUGGGUCGGUCUGGAGGUCUGGAGUGUCAGGUCAGCACCGAGAUGAGACAGCUAGGUGUAGAGCAGUCAGAGAGGGUGUGAAGUGGGGCGGACGCGUGAGUCUCCUUGAAGUACAUCUAGAGGGGGGAGCGGUGGAUUCUCCGGCCUGUCUGCAGCUCACCACACACUAACAUAACCCAACACCAACUGAGUGAGGCCGCUGCACAGCAGGUGAGAGUACUGGACACACUUCCAAGGGAAGAAAAGCCCACCACCAGGCGGAUAGAUUGUUGGAGCAUGUUACCGGGCAUCUCUGCUUUGAAAGCGUGAAGGACUGAGGAGUUCCAAACAAGAUCCCCUUUGCACCAUGCCAAUGCGAUACUCGCUCCCUCUGCUGCUCUGCAGUUGCUGUGUUCUACUGCUCGCCCACCAAGGCAAGGGUCAAGCUCUGAACUGCACCUGUAAUAUGACCAACAGUCGGUGUGAUGAGAAUUCAGUGUGCAGGUGCGACCCGGGCUGGGAGGGGCAGGAGUGUGACGUGUGUGUGAGAAUGCCGGGCUGCAUCCAUGGAUCGUGCCACCAACCCUGGCAGUGCAACUGCCAACCCGGAUGGGCAGGACGCUUUUGCGACAAAGAUAUCCACGUGUGCACAAAUGAGGCACCUUGUCAGAAUGGCGCCACGUGUUACACAAACGUUUCAGGGGAAUACACUUGCCUCUGUCCCGAGAGCUUUCACGGCAGGAACUGCGAACACAAGACGGGACCUUGUCACAGGAGCAGCAGGUCUCCGUGUAAGAAUGGCGGGCAGUGUGAGGACAGCGGUGGCCACGCCCUGGAGCUCUCCUGCCGCUGCCUGGCCGGCUUCACAGGGCCUCGCUGCGAGACCAAUAUGGACGACUGCCUGAUGCGCCCCUGUGCCAACGGAGCCACCUGCCUGGACGGCAUCAACCGCUUCUCUUGCCUCUGCCCCGGCGGCUUCGUGGGUCGGUUCUGCACCGUCAACCUGGAUGACUGCGCCAGCCAGCCCUGCCUGAACGGAGGACGCUGUCUGGACCGGGCCAGCACCUUCCAGUGCCUCUGCAAGCCCGGCUUCACCGGGAGGACGUGUGACGUGCCCCUCCAGAGCCCGGAGAACCACGCCACCAUUAGGAGCUCGCAAGGUUGGGCCGGGGGAGGAGGGGACCGGGUCGGGGUGACUCAGGCCAGGCCGGACCAGAUCUCCCCAGGGGCUGACCACACUCAGGGCAGCGGUGAACGUAGCAACGGGGACAGGCUGUUGAAGAUCUCAGUGAAGGAGGUGGUGACCCAGCGGGGGUCGUCGGGCCUGUCAGAGGUGCAGCUCAUCGUGGUGCUGGCUCUUGGGGGCAUGACUCUGGCGGUGGUGGCCCUUACAGCUGGCUUGGUAAUCAGGGGACACCGGCGGGGGGGCUGCGGCAGCUGUCGGUGGGGCCCGGCCCCUCGACCGCCCCCGCGAGGAAACCGAGACAGCCAGCCGCCCACUCAGAGCCGCCUAGUCGUGGGGGAGCAGGAGUGUAAGAUCAGCUACCUACACACGCCUACGACCCCAGAACUAGAGAAGAAGAAACUGAACACGGAGGUGAUUUAAGCUACAGGCUCACCACGUCCACCAUCCUGAACGCAGGACAGGACUCGAGAACAGAUUGCUCUCAGCAGAGGGAAAGCCACGCUUCCAUCCCAGCCCUGCCUCCAUUACUGACUGUUUCCAGCACUGACAUUAAAAUACCAACAACAUGCCCAUCUAGGAAUCGAAACCUAGACAGACACCGGACCAAGAAGACCGACUUCAUGGGGAAAUGGGAGGAGAAUGUAUUUCACACUGCUAACAAAAGAAGCAUGGUCAUUACAUGAUUAUUGCCAGACCACAGGAUUAAAGCAGAGGUGGAUACUGAGAAAUAUGCUGUGACGUGUUCUCAGCUACUCAUCACAGACAAUCAAUGCGUAAUUCCCUCAUCCUCAAAAUCAGCUGAUGCAGUUACUUGGCAUGACAGACAAUGACUGAGAGACAGUUUUGGAAUGUAAGUAGAGACAAUGUCCUUGUCCUGUCAUCCAAAUUGAUGUAACAGUAUGUCAAUGCUGUUCUUGUCAUGAUAUUAUGCCAAAACGUUAGACAUGAAUACAGAUGUUGCCCAAUCUGCUCAUAUAUUUCCAAAUGAGCUCUGAAAGCUCUGCCUAAAUAAAUUCCCAGCUUCCAGUGAACAUAAUUCUGAAAUCCAGACAGACAAAUGAAUGCCUGAGGUUAUAUUUUAACAAUGUACUUUAAAUAUGACUGAUAAAAAGACCUGCAACAUGUACUUUGUUAAAUUACAAUUGUGUUAUUUUGUAAAGUGAUAUUCUGUCAUUUAUGU